CGCUCCCCUUUUCCAGCUUCCUUCCAGCCGGUAUUGGUUUAUUUGAGUGACUGUAACUGGGCGAGAGUAUAGCCGACAGCCCCUUCUCGGAGGGCAGUGUUGUCACCGCGUGACGCCAUGGCGAUUUCUUCGAUGCAGCAGGUGUUGGUCUCCGUCGUGCUGGUGCUUUGCCUGUUCGCAGUGAUGCCGAGGAUAUUCAGUGGGGGAGGGAAGUCUCCGCGAAGUGCCAAAAGCUCCUCUGGCCGGCCAGCUCCUCACCAGCCCCCCCGACACGGUGGAGCUGAGAAAAUCCUGCACACACCAAGGAAUUUUGAAACUCCUGAAACUAAAACAUAUCAAAGCAUCAAGCAAAUGAAGAAUGCAAUGGAGAAGGAGUUGAAGACUGAACGGACUAGAGGCAAUGGCAGAGACUUUGCUUUAACCCUAAUGCCGCUAUAUGCUAUUAGUGUGGGUGUGUUUGCUUUGUACAAAUUCUUAAAGAUGAAAUCGCAGGAAGAAAGUUUAUCCCAAAAAGAAAAAAAUGCAGAAGAAAAAACAAAAGAAACAGAGCAUCAACUUUUGGAAUUGGAGCAACAUCUUGCACAAACAGAAAAAAUGUUAAAUUCAUUAUUGACUCAGUUAGAUCCACUUUCAAGCUGUAUUAAUACUUUGGCUUCUGAGCAGAAAGAUGAAAUUAUGGAACAACUUGAGUCGAUUAGAAAGCUGAUGAAAGAAAGUGGAUUAGACAAAUCGGCCAUGAAACCACAAGAUAUCAGCCACCAUACGUGCCAAGAGAAGCUUGAAGGUCUUAUAGAGUCAUUCAGCGAACAUCCAGAAGUAAAAAUAGAUGAGAAUAUUUACAAGAAAUGUGAGCAUGAUGCCUUAUUUGAAGAUAUGGAAGAGUCUUACAGUGUAAAAAAGUAUCAGCGUUUUGAUCAUGAAUGCUUACUCAGCACAAUGGAAGAACCAAAGAAGAUGGAUAAUCAAGAUACAACAGAAUUAGAUACUGGGUUAAGAAGACGUCUUAGGAACGAAUGAACAAACUAAUGAAUAUUGGACAUACUAUACAACACACUUUAAAAUUUUAAAAUAUAUUCACAAUAAUUGCUGUAUAUUUUAAAAUGAUUAUGAAAAUUUCCUAUUUAUUAUGAAUAAAAUAAUUUCUGCAUAUUCUGCACAGAAAGUGUAUAUUCUAUCCAGUAUCAUAAUCACAGUUUCACUUUUAAAGUUAUUAAAGUGUGGGCAUGGGCAUAAAAAUAUUGUAUUUGUGUUAUACGGCUCUGCAGAAAUUAUUUGCAACAAAUAUGGAAUGUACCAGUAUUAAUUAUUUAGUUACUUGACAUUUCAUGUAACUUUAAUAUGGAUUCUGAUAUUCUCUUUUUUGGGAACAGUGGAAACAGGUUUAUUUCUUUGAGAAAAACUACCUAUGUUUGAGACAAACUACCUACCUUUCAUUAAAUAUCAAUAAGCCCUAGAUUUUAUUUGUAACUGAUUAGUAUUGAAAAUAUAAAAUGGAGCAGUUAAAUAUAAUGCAUGCAUUAUGAUAGCUAAUUAUAUGAUGAAUUGCCAAACACGUUACCCUGAUUCUAUUAUUGUGCUUAAUUUAGUAAGGUGUUUUGCUAUUGUUUAAUCAUCUGAUUUUUGCAGGCUAUUGAUGCAAAUUUGACCAUGUUAUGCAGUUCCAAAAUCCUCAUAGAUGAUUAAUUGACUGACUGACUAUUUAUUUAUUUGCUCAUCUCCCUCAAAGAGGGGCUCUGGGCAGUGAUAUCGCCCAUCUGUUUUCUCAGAAUAAUGUGAGAAUAGUUGCUAAGAAUAUUAUGGCAUUUUCUGUAGAAGUCAUAAAGCAGGACAUGACCAUACACUCUACAAGGGUAGAUUCUUUUUUCAAAGCUGGUUUCAUAAUUUAUUUAUUUAUUUAUUGAUGAUGGUAAAGUAGCAAAUUGAAUCCCUAUAAAACUUUUUGAUAUUCAUAAAUUGAUUGAGGUAGCAGGGCAAUUUCCCUCUUCGUAGAAAUUCUGUGACAUUGAGUUUGUCCAGAAUUUUUUCCUUAUCCUUUAUCAUGGUUAUUAUUAUAAAAUAAGGGCAGCAGUGACUCUGGAGAAUAUAUAACAGAGUUAUUUAUCAACCGUGCUCCCUUGCCAGGAAAUUCAAUAGUUACCACAAUGUUAGAGGGGUUUGUCUUAUAAUGAAAAAUAUAAUUUUAGGUAAUGGGAUACUUUGUCCUUUAUUGAAAGUUAACACUGGCAACAUAUAUUUUUUUAUUGUAAAGUUUUAAGCCCAGAUGAGAGUGGAUUGGCUUGGUUGAAGGCCUGCCUAUACGACUGCUAAAAUAUUCUUCCCCCAACAAAGUUUCUAGUAUAAAAUCUGACAUGGAGUUUGCUAAUAAUAUCUACUAAAUUGAUAAGCCAGUACUAUAGUUCUUUAAAUAAUAUGUUGUAUCUUUCCAGAUGCUCUUGAAAAUGAUGAUAAAUAUAGCCAAGCCCCGUUCUGUGGUAUAUAGACUGUUUUUAAUUGCAUAAAUCAAAUUAUGGGUUGCAUGGUAGAAAAGUCAAGAGUAUUGUACAUCAGUCAGUAUGAUUUUGUAUCAAUUUGGAAUGGAUUAUUUGUCUUCUACAGCCUUUCUAAGUUUAAGAACUAAAAAUAUAGUAAGUCAAUUUAGGACUGCUUUGCCAGUAUGAAUGGUCUCCUAAUGCAGUGUUUUUCAACCACUGUGCCGCGGCACACUAGUGUGCCGUGACAUAGUGUAAGGUGUGCCGUG